CAGGAGCCUCUGCAGGACCCCCGACUCGUGAGAAGCUGGGAAGGGUGUAGCCCUGCAGCCUGCUACAUGCUUCCCAGGCUGGAGAACACCAACACGCCUUCAGUGUUGGUGUCAUUUGAAGAUGUGGCUGUGGACUUUACCCAGGAAGAAUGGCAAACAAUGGACAAUACUCAGAGGACCCUGUACAGGGAGGUGAUGCUUGAGACCUAUAACAAUCUGCUGUCCUUGGGGUACUCCAUGACAAAGCCUAAUGUGAUCUUCAAGUUGGAGCAAGAAUCAGCACCAUGGACAGUGGAGAAAUCUGUGAUGCAGAGACUUCUAGAUCCCCAUGGAAAGAAUGAGCUGCUUGGAGCUAAUCAGAACGGUCAGGAAAUAAUAUUCAGGAAGCCUCAUAAAAUGCCAUUUGAAAAGAAGCGUUCCUCUAAUGUCCCUGAGAACAAGCACAAGAGUGAGGAAAAUCUCAAUCAGCUUGACAAGAUCCACAUUUGUCAGCAGUCCUUUGAACAUAAUGGGAAAGAGAAAACUGUCAGCGGGAAGAAGAUAGUCCUUAUGUGUGAGCAAGUUUAUACCAAAGACCCGUGUAUUAAGCAGCUUUGUGGAAAAGGCUUUUACCAACAAUUAUCUCUCAUUAGGCAUCAGAGAAUCCACACUGGGGAAAAACCUUAUGAAUGUAGUGAGUGUGGAAAAGCUUUUCUUCAUAAGUCAAACAUAAGAGUGCAUCAGAGAAUCCACACUGGGGAAAAACCUUAUGAAUGUAGGGAGUGUGGAAAAACGUUUACCCACCAGUCCGGUUUGGUUCAUCAUCAGAGAAUCCACACCGGGGAAAAGCCUUAUGAAUGUAAAGAGUGUGGAAAAGGCUUUCCUUGUAAGUCAAACCUCAUUAGACAUCAGAGAAUCCACACUGGAGAAAAGCCUUAAGUCUGUAGUGAAUGUGGAAAAGGCUUGUCUCAUAUGGCACACCUCAUUAGACACCAGAGAACCCACACUGGGGAAAAACCUUAUCAGUGUGGUGAGUGUGGAAAAGCUUUUGCCAACCAGUCAAAUUUCGUUCAUCAUCAGAGAAUCCAUGCAGGUGAAAAACCUUGUGGAUGUAGUGAGUGUGGAAAAGCUUUUCUUUGUAAGUCACACCUCAUUAAGCAUCAGAGA